UCAUAUUCGUACGAGUAACACUUGUUGUGAUUAGGUACUUUUCCACAUCUUAGAAUCACAUGUUUAAACUUUUAGUUAAAUUGUUUGUUUAACGUCGAUACUUUGCAACGUUCAGACUUAAAAAUAACAAGUUCGAACUUCUCCGUCACUCAACAUUUCUUAAAAUUAACUUAAAUGCAACUUACAGCCCAAAGUUGAACUAUUUGGUUGAAUUGGUUCGCGUAGUUAGUUUAAUACUUGGUAUUUUCAUGAUGAGAUUUGAAGAAUGUGGUAACGAACUAGUUCGUAUAUACUAUGCAGUCCGGUUGCUGCAAGCCAUCGAACGACUGCAACUUCACGUAUGUGAGCCCAACGAACUGGAUCAAGACGGGGCAGCCCAUCAGGCCCAACACGGACUGUGAUCUUUGGGGCAACGACCCGAACAGGUUGUGCUACAGCUGCCAGUCAUGCAAAGCUGGGCUGAUCGACAACAUAAAAUCCAACUGGAAGAAGGUGGCCAAACUCAACAUCGCAUUCCUCGUCAUCCUCGUCGUCGUCUACUCUGUCGGAUGUUGCGCUUUCCGCAACAACCGCGAGGAACGGCACCGCUCUUCUUGGAAGCCUUAGUUGCUUAUAUAUAUUUAUAUGUUCUCUAUUUUAGAAAAUGCUUUUAUUGUACAGUAUAAUAUCCCUAUUUUUAGUAUGUUUCUUGCAUCUUUGUGACUAUUGUUCAGUACUUUGUUAGUGCUCUUGUGUGUGCUUUGUUUGGGUUUCUGUAUUUGAACUGGGAUCACUAGUAUUUUCAAGUCAGCGUGCACAUAUUUUGCCAGACCCAACGUUUUGUGGAGUUUUAAUUUGGCAGAUUUAGGAUUUGUUUGGUAAUAGCGUUUUCGAUUAACGUUAGCGUUUU